AAAUAAAAGAAGCACAUUACACAGUUUAAACGGUAGCGAUCGAGAGCACAGUUGAUAUCUUUAUCAUCUUUAUCAAACAUCCUAAAAUUUUACUAUAUUUAUUGUAACGAAUGUGCUAUGAAACGGAAGUAUUCUGCCGAUGUUAAUUGGAGACGAGAGAUGGUCCAAAAAUUUCAUAAUGCAUGGAUAGAAAGUGAUAAUCCUGGAAAGUAUACUAAUCUAUCUGAACAAAUCCAUAACUCGUAUGGAAAUUUCGUAAAAGCUGGUGAAUUUGAAUUAAAUGUUGAUACUGAUAUUGAUCCAGCACUUACAAGGAGAGAUAUUCAAAGAUUGAACAAUGUGAUAGCAUACAUGUACAAUGAUGGGAAGAUUUCGCUGAAGCUAACAUUCGAACAAGCCGGUUUACUUUUGGAAACUAAUUACGAUGAAAAGGAAAGAUUAUUCCGUUUCCUGAUAAACGAUCGGGAAAUUUGUCAGGCUGAAGGGGAUCAUCAAACAGCUCACACGAAGGCACGAGACAAGCUGGUGGAAAUUUUGCAAUACUACUGUUGGACAGUGAAAAGAUUGAAAGAAUAUCACACUCGAAGAGAUGUGUUCCGAAAAUUACCUAACAAAGAGUCUAAAACUGAAUGUUUUAAAAAUCAACGGCUAGACGAAGGCAACAUUGGAUUUCGAAUGCUGCAAAAACAAGGCUGGAGUGGUGGAUCUCUGGGAAGCGCUAAUGAUGGAAUAUUAGAACCAAUUGGGUUUCAAAAAAAAGAUAACAAAGCCGGUCUAGGAGCAGACGGAAGUAGUCCUCAGAAAAUUCCUAUAGAAGCGUUCAUGCUGGCUAUAAAACAGUACGCUGGUGGUAAUGCGCUAUACGAUUUGGUGUUUAGCCCGCAGUUUUCCAAACAUCAGGUUAUCAAAUUGAAAGAUCUUGCAUCUUCUUUGAAGCUAUUUCCGCAAAUGAUCGGAAAAAAGAAGCAACUGGUAAUUAGUAAGAAAUUAACGUUGCACGCGAUCAAGGAAGGCGUCUUAAAGGGUCACUCGGAUUUAUGUGCCAAGUAUGCUGUUAUACCACCACGUUGUCGUUAUUCAAAAUAAAACAAGAAAUGUUUUGUUCAAAAGCGUUCCGAUUUUGUUUCUGCCAUUG